CCGCCCGCUCCCGCCCGCAGCACAAUUCAAACCGCCCAAUCCCGCGAGAUUUGGGUUGGGUCCCGCGGGACCCGGCGGGACCCAACCCAAUGCAGCCCUCUAUAUUGCAGCUUUGAUGUGUUUGAUGAGGAGUUUUUCCAGGCACUUUGCAGGGAUGGAAGUGAGUGACCUUCGAUUGAUUAGGAAUGGGGAUUAUUGUAGCAGAUUUUAAGCUGGGGGGGACCAAAGCUGUGGAGAACGAUAAGUUGAAGAUGGUGGAAAAGAUGUCAGUCAGCUCCGCUCCAGACUCCUUCAGCAUCCGGCCCCGUUUCAUGGAAUGUCUGUUGUUCCCAUUUUUCUGCCGUUCUCCAAUGUUUCCUCUGAAAGCUUUCAAUCUGGUCAAAAUCUGAAUCAUUUCUUUCAUUAUAAUUGCUGUAAUAAAGCAGAGACUUGGACUGUUUUCUCGUGGGGGGAGUUUCUGUGGGAAAUAUUCUGUAAAAUGUUCCUUUUUAAUACAAUAAUUUAGGACAGAAAACCAGAGAAAAAUACAAAGAAUUCUGGCAAAAAAUAUCCUUUUUUCUCACAGCUUUAAUCUUCUAAACACAAAUAUGUCAGGAAACCAGCAAGUGAAGACCAGUUUUUUAUUACCGUAUCUGACUGACGACUGUUUCGCUGCAUAAAUUAUCAAAAGAUUUUCCUCUGCCGACACGAUUCCCCAUCUGAACACCUGAUCGGAAAUCGGACCUGAUCACGUGGUUGAUGACUCGAUUGCAAUCAAUUAAUUCUGAUCAUGAUGGGUUCUUUGUGUUUUAAGCGUAUUAUUCCAAAUAUUCUGCUAGAAGUCUGCACAUCAGGAACAGAACACCACAAUUUACUGCAGCACCAGGAGGCCACAAGAAACACUUCAGCCCAGCCAAGCUAGCAGGAUGUUCACCGAUUCAGACUUCCAGGAUCAAUAACCUUUGAAACUGACAGCAAGUGUCUAUGGGCUUGUCUUAAGGCAAACAGCCGCCUACAAAGGCCUUUGAACAGACCAAAGGUCACGGUUGGGUUUCUCUCCUGACAGACAGACGGCUGCAGGACAAAAGGUUUGAACCCCUUAAGGCCCCAUGUUUCUUUUUAUUCUCUUCUCAGAGAUUUAACUACUGAUAUGAUAAAAGACAAAAAUGCGGACGCCAGGUUAAAAACAUAAAUGUUCUCUAAAAAAACAAACAAACCCAAAACUAAUCAAUGUUUCCACUGAAAUGAGCAAUUCAUGAACACUCAUCAUAUGAGCAUCAAUGUUUAAAUUCUGUUGUCUACAUAAAUGCUGAGUCUCACUGUGAGAAGGUCUUGGUUCAAAUCCUGUUUGGACCUUUCUGUGUUCUCCCCAUGUGGGUGAAACCACUUCCUGGUUGUUUGGGUAAGUUACAGAGAAUGUGUGACAUCAUUGGUCAGGGACAAGUCUGAUGUCAUGACAUCAUCGAAUCAUAUGAUGACUGACAUCAUCAUGACAUGUCUGAACAUGUCAUGAUGAUGUCAUCAUGACAUCAUCAUGACAUAUUAAAGACAUGUCUUUAAUAUGUCAUGAUGAUGUCAAUCAUCAUCAUAUGAUGAUGUCAAUCAAUGUUCCGGAACAUUCCACAGCUUAGCUGCAAAUACUCUGUUGUUUCUGUCCCAACUACCUUCUACAAGGAACCUACAGAAGUAACUGCUUUGGUGAUUUUUGUUCUCAGAAUAUUCAGAAAUGUCUUUCUUCAGGCGUAAACCCCUCACCACUAUUGGGGAAAUGCAGAGCCAUAUUGAAUAUGUCAGAGGAAAAAAUGAAGCUUUACUUCAAGAAUUACAGAGAAGCAACAUAAAGUUGCUGGAAAGCGGUGCAGUGGCUGAAAUACAUACGGCCCUAAAGAUAGAAAAAACUGCUGUCUGUCAAUUGAACAGAAAAUUGGAGAAAAAGGUCACAACGCUCCAAAAGGAACUGAAAAACCAAAUGACAUUACGAGAGAAAAGUGACCUGAAAAAGGAGAAAAUCCAACAAAUAACAGAAAGGAAUAAGAGUCUACAAAUAAAAAUUGAAUUCCUUUGUGAGAAACUUGUGGACCAGAAAGCUUUGCAGAAGAAUUACAACCUUUUGAAGAAGGAGGAAAAGUUGUUGAUGGAGAAACAAAUCAUGUUGGAGAAAGAGCUUUCCAGACUUCAGUCUCUGUUUUCUCCACUAAACAUAACGCUGGAAACAAUCCAAGAAAAAGAAGAACUUCUCCAAUAUUUACAACAAAAAAUCCAAACUCUCACCGAGGAAAAGAGGGAAAUGCUGGAAAUUGUUGACCAGAAGGAAGACAUUGAAGAUCAACUGUCUGCUGUAAAAGCUGCUUCAGACGCUGCCGAGGAGAGAAUUUUAAAGCUGCAAAGCAGAAUCCAGAGGCUCAAUAGUAAAUCCAAGGAAUACAGGAGAAUGCAGGAUCUACUUGUGGCAGAACAGGAGAGGCUCAGAGGAAAAAAUGAAACAUUGAUGGAGCUGAAGCAACAUUGUGAGGCCUCCAAAGCAAAAGCCAUUGCUGUCAAAAUGAAGAACAUUGAGGUUGCUCAUGAAAAUGCGGAUCUUUUAAAGCUUCAGGAAAAUCUUCCUGCACUUAAGAAAAACCAUUCCACUUCAAAAGAGCAGAUGCCUCCCCCAGGGAAGGAAAGCAAAGUUGAAGAAAAACACGAGAAGAUGCCAAGAACAGAAAAGAAAGCUGAUGACCCUGUAACGCUGGAACAAGAACCAGAACAGGAAGAACCAGCAGAAAAUGACAGCCACACAUCAGUGGACGGCAGAUCGCCACAUGAAGAUGUUGCUGAUGGUUCACCACAAGACCAUCCCUCAGACACCAACAGCUGGGAUGAAGACAGCGAUGAAGAGACAGAAACCACUAAAACAUCCUCACACCAUGCCCAAAAGGCCAAAAGCUCCUCCAAUGAGGGCACUUCUAAGGCUCCACCAACGGUCAGCAGUCCUAUCAAGGUCCCAGUCAGAAAACCAGAGGAGGAUUCUGGGAGGGAAAGCUUAUGGAAAGAAACCGCUAAAAGUCAGGGGUCAUCAAAGGUCACCAAAGAUAAGAAAACUACAGAAAGCUCUGGUGACAUCGCUGAUGACAUCAACAACAUGAUAGAUGGUUUUCUCUCUGGAAACAUAAACUAUGAAGACCUUUUUUAAAGGCCCAAACAGGAAAAAGCUACUGGACUUGCUUGAGAAGAAAUCUAGAAACUACAGAAGUAAUAGAACAUUUUCAUUUAGUAAAACUUACUUCUUUAGUUUGUUUGUACAAAGUUCAGGGAAGAAAUAGUUCAUUAUUAGGUUCCAGUUACCGUUCUACGUUCUUUAGUGCAUGUUUGGGUUCUCUCCGGGCGCUCCGGCUUUCCCUGAAGUUCAAAAAAGACGUUUUAUCAAGUGAAUCAGAGACAGUUAACUGUUUGAAAGUGUUGUUUUCUGCACAAAUCACAGUGUGCAGAAAUUGUUUGAAUGUUUGUGUUAAUGUUUGGGUUCUCUCCGGGCGCUCCGGCUUUCCCUAAAGUCUAAAAAAGACUUUUAAAAAGUGAAUUAGAGGCUAACAGGCGCUACCUGCCCUCGCCGCCGCCUCUGCGCGUUCAAAAAAGACGUUUUUAAAAAUGGAUUAGUCCUGGAGAACACAACAACAAUUGUUUUCAGGGCUUUUAAAGUAAAAAAAAAAAGGUUUUUCGUUGUUCAUUUUGGAAAGCAGCAAUUACCAGCAGCUAAAAAAUAAAAAUAAAAUCAACAAAUGAGAAGAAAUAAAAAUACCAAAGGCCACCUUUGACCCCAUGGCUUCCCCAGGCUCAGAGACAGUUAGUUAGUUGUCUGGAAGUGUUGCUUUCUGCACAAAUGGCUCAAUGUGCAGAAAAUGUUUUUGUGAUCAGGAAGUCACUUUACCAGAACGAAGGUCAAUUGUUCCAUCCCAGCCGAGACCUUCCUGUGUUACCGUUCUACGUUCUUUAGUGCAUGUUUGGGUUCUCUCCGGGCGCUCCGGCUUUCCCUGAAGUUCAAAAAAGACGUUUUUCCAAGUCAAUCAGAGACAGUUAGCUGUUUGAAAGUGUUGUUUUCUGCACAAAUCACAGUGUGUAGUAAUUGUUUGUGUGUUUGUGUGCAUGUUUGGGUUCUCUCCGGGCGCUCCGGCUUUCCCUGAAGUCUAAAAAAAGACUUUUAAAAAGUGAAUUAGAGGCUAACAGUCCCUACCUGCCCUCACCGCCCGCCCGCCUCUACGCGCCACCGCCGCUCUCCCCCCCACCUUUGACCCCACCUCACUUAAUGAGCCACAAGUGGAAAACAAUAUGUUCCUUGCAGUCAGUGACUGCUGUGGGCCAUGAUAAUAAUCCAAAGGAAAUACUAAAAUAUACAAACUGAUUAUAUAAUAAUACAUUCAUAAUAAAUAAAUCAAAACAUCAAAUAAAUAAAUAAAUAUCAGUCACCAAAAUGUAUAGAUACUGAACCAAAUUCAAGCGGCAGUCCUGUGGGUUUUCUCCGAGAACUUCGGUUUCCCCACAGUAAUUGUUAGUGAUUGGCCAGUGACUGAUAAAUACCCCCUCCCUGAAUCGCCACCUUAUCGUGGUGGAGGGGUUUGCGUGUCCGAAUGACCCCAGGAGCCGGUAGCCGGGUGGUGUUCCACCUCCAACUGGUCCUGGGAGACGGGCCAGACUAAGGGCGAUUCAACCAGAAACCUUUUCAUGACUAGAUCCACUUACUGCCCCCAAUAAGAGUCACCAGCCCCCCACCCUGGAGCCAGACUAGUUAGUUCUUGUCUGGUGGCUUUUAAUUGCUCUGGGGCAGUGGGCAUGUUGUCCUGAAGGCCCCCCCCCAAAGCAAAAGAACCUUUUCUGUAGGUCCUCUUGUGGCUUUGGUUGCUUGUUGGUGAUAGAUGUUGGGGCAGGACGAGCGACGGUGGGACACUGGCUUUAUCCACCUUUGGUCAGACGCUCCACAGUGGAUCACUCAAUCGUCUGUCUCCAAUGAGCCCCCCAUCCCCAGAGAAACAAAGAACUCCUCCCCAGUGUCUUUGUGGCAGAUGAGGCCUUCCCCCUGCAGAGAAACCCGAUGCCGUCAUUCCCUGGACGCCUCCUUCCCCGAUAGAGGAGCAUCUUUACCUACGACCUGUCCCCAGCCCGGCUGCUUGUGGAGAAUGGAUGCUCUCUGCACAGUGGGGUCUGUGCUGGACCUGACUGAAGAUCCAGAGUGGGAAGUUCUGGUGUUCUGCACAGCUUCAUCAGCACCUCAGCACCUCAGGAACCUGCAGUGAUGAGGCCGUGGUAACUGAAGACCAGCCGCUGCACGGGAUCAGAAAGGUUGCUGCCAGCAGAGACGCUCUCCAGCUGAGAGAGUCCUUCAUGAUCCACUUUCCUGCAGAGGGAGCAGACCCAUGGCAGCUCAACAAUCCUGUUUCUGUCCUCCAAGGACUGACCCACAACGGCUCUUUUGAGAGCCACCCACAACACCUUUCAGAGCUGGAUUCUCUCUUUUCACAGCUUUUACUCAAACUUGAAAGUACUACAUUAGUUGAAAAGGUCAGAGCUUCAAACUGGUAAAAUAUUACAUCUGGACUGGAGCAGAACUGCCCUCUUCCUGGUAAAAUCACACUGCUGUAGGUGCAGGACGCUGCUCAGUAGCAGAAAAGCAGUGAGAGAGCGGGAAAAGUGACCUGACGUCUAAAAUGGUCAUGUGGAGUUUUGUUUGGUUGUUUUCUUUCAUGGAAUGUCUGCUGUUCUUGUUUUUUGCUGUUCUCCAAUGUUUCCUCUGAGAGCUUUUAAUCUGGUAAAAAUCUGGCUGCAUUUCUUUCAUUAUAAUUGCUGUAAUAAAGCAGAAACUUUGACUGUUUCUCAUGGGGGGAGUUUUUGUGGGAAAUAUUCUGUAAAAUGUUCCUUUUUAAUACAAGAAUUUAGGACAGAAAACCAGAGAAAAAUACAAAGAAUUCUGGCAAAAAAUGUCCUUUUUCCUCACAGCUUUAAUGUUCUAAACACAAAUAUGUCAGGAAACCAGCAAGUGAAGACCAGUUAAGCGUUAAGCUCCUAAUUUUUAUUACCGUAUCUGACUGACGACUGUUUCGUGCCAUAAAUUUGAUCCUAAUGGAAUAUUCUAUCAAUCAAAAGACUCCGUCCCCUUUUAGGUAUUGAUUUCAAACUAAAGUCCAGGUUUAUCUGUGACCAAAGAGAAGAAAAUAACAACUGAAUAGUUUUAGAAAAUGGGGAUCUUAUUUUAGAGGCCUCCUAGUGGCUCGUUGGUGAACUGACCUGGCUCCAGUCCUUUCAAGUGGAAGAGUUGUGGCCUUGGUUUGGCUGCAGCCUCCUGGAGGCGGAGCUCUCUGCAACCCAGAUGAAGCUGCUGCGGUUUUGAUGCACUUUUGAAUAAAUGAACAAGAAUGUUAGAACACCA